AUGUCAGUCGAAAGUGAUCAAGGCAAGUUCAACAGGCUUAGGAGGGAAUCUACCAUCUUGGGUCCAAUGAACAAAAUAUUGGUGGCCAAUAGAGGUGAAAUACCUAUUCGUAUCUUUAGAACAGCUCAUGAAUUGUCAAUGCAAACAGUUGCAGUCUACUCUUGGGAGGAUCGGUUGUCGAUGCAUAGAUUAAAGGCUGAUGAGAGUUAUGUCAUAGGUAAAAAGGGCCAGUAUUCUCCUGUUCAGGCAUACUUGCAAAUGGACGAGAUUAUCAAAAUUGCUAAGAAACAUCACGUUAAUAUGAUCCACCCGGGAUAUGGAUUUUUGUCAGAGAAUCUGGAGUUUGCCAGGAAAGUAGAGGAAAAUGGAAUGGCUUGGGUCGGUCCGAACUACAAGACGAUUGAUUCCGUGGGUGAUAAAGUGAGUGCUAGAAACUUGGCAAUUAAGAAUAAUGUUCCAGUAGUUCCAGGGACUCCCGGACCAAUUGACUCUGUCGAUGAAGCUGUUAAGUUUGUUGAAAAGUAUGGAUAUCCUGUAAUUAUCAAGGCUGCGUUUGGUGGUGGAGGAAGAGGAAUGAGAGUAGUCAACGAGGGAGAUGAUAUUGCGGAUGCUUUUAGUAGAGCAACUUCUGAAGCAAAAACUGCUUUUGGCAAUGGUACGUGUUUCAUAGAGAGAUAUUUGAAUAAACCAAAGCAUAUUGAAGUUCAAUUGUUGGCUGACGGCUAUGGAAACGUUAUCCACUUAUUUGAGAGAGAUUGUUCUGUUCAAAGAAGACAUCAAAAGGUUGUUGAGAUUGCACCUGCUAAAAACUUACCUAUUGAAAUUAGAGACAAAAUUUUGUCUGAUGCGGUCACAUUGGCGAAGUCAGCAAACUACAGAAAUGCUGGUACCGCUGAAUUUUUAGUUGACGAUCAAAAUAGGCACUACUUCAUUGAAAUCAACCCUAGAAUCCAAGUUGAGCAUACAAUUACUGAAGAAAUUACUGGAGUUGACAUUGUUGCAGCUCAAAUUCAAAUUGCAGCUGGCGCUUCCUUGCAACAGUUGGGCUUAAUGCAAGAUAAAGUUAGCAUCAGAGGCUUUGCAAUUCAAUGUAGAAUUACCACAGAAGACCCUUCGAAGAACUUCCAGCCAGAUACCGGUAAGAUCGAAGUAUACAGGUCUUCAGGUGGUAAUGGAGUUAGAUUAGACGGAGGAAAUGGGUUUGCAGGUUCUGUGAUCUCUCCUCACUAUGAUUCAAUGUUGGUCAAGUGUACUUGUUUAGGGUCUACUUAUGAGAUUGCUAGGAGAAAGAUGUUGAGAGCUUUGAUUGAGUUUAGAAUCAGAGGUGUCAAAACUAACAUUCCCUUCUUAUUAGCUCUCUUGACCAACGAGACAUUUAUUAAGGGAGAUUGCUGGACCACUUUCAUUGAUGAUACACCUUCAUUGUUCCAUAUGAUCAAAUCCCAAAACAGGGCCACUAAGUUGUUGAGCUACUUGGGUGAUUUAAUUGUCAAUGGAUCUUCUAUCAAGGGCCAAAUUGGUCUCCCUAAAUUGGACACAGAAGCUUUAAUUCCAGAGUUACAUGAUCCUAGGACUGGUAUUAAGGUUGAUGUUGGAGCUACACCAGCACCAAGAGGUUGGAGACAAGUUUUGUUGGAAGAGGGACCGCAAGAGUUUGCUAAGAAAGUCAGAGCUUACAAGGGCACUUUAAUUACAGAUACUACUUGGAGAGAUGCUCAUCAAUCGUUGCUUGCUACAAGAGUAAGAACUAUUGAUUUGUUGAAUAUCGCUCCUACUACUGCUCAUGCUUUAAAUGGCUGCUUUUCUUUAGAAUGCUGGGGUGGUGCUACUUUUGAUGUUUGCAUGAGAUUCUUGCACGAAGAUCCAUGGGAUAGAUUACGUAAAUUACGUGCCUUAGUUCCUAAUAUUCCUUUCCAAAUGUUAUUGAGAGGAGCAAAUGGUGUUGCUUAUAGCUCAUUGCCAGAUAAUGCAAUUGACCAAUUUGUCAAGCAAGCUAAGGAGAACGGUGUCGAUGUCUUUAGAGUAUUUGAUGCUUUGAAUGAUUUAGAACAAUUAAAAGUUGGUAUUGAUGCAGUAAAGAAAGCUGGAGGUGUCGUUGAAGCAACCGUUUGUUACUCAGGUGACAUGUUACAACCUGGCAAGAAGUACAAUUUGGAAUACUACUUAGGCUUUGUUGACGAGGUUGUUAAGAUAGGAUGUCAUUUCUUGGGUAUCAAGGAUAUGGCAGGUACUAUGAAACCUAGAGCAGCUAAACUUUUAAUUGGAGAAAUUAGGAAGAAAUAUCCUGAUUUACCGAUCCAUGUUCAUACUCAUGAUUCUGCGGGAACUGGUGUUGCAAGUAUGGUUGCAGCUGCAAAGGCUGGUGCAGACGUUGUUGAUGCUGCAUCAAAUUCUAUGUCUGGUAUGACUUCACAACCAUCCAUCAACGCUCUCUUGGCUUCCCUCGAGGGAGAGGUUGAUACCGGUUUAGAUGUGUCCUUUGUUGGUGAGCUUGAUGAAUACUGGCAACAAAUGAGAUUGUUGUACUCGUGCUUCGAAGCUGACUUGAAGGGACCUGAUCCUGAUGUAUAUGAGCACGAAAUUCCAGGAGGACAGUUGACCAACUUGUUAUUCCAAGCCCAACAAUUAGGAUUGGGAUCUAGAUGGUUGGCUACGAAAGAAACAUAUGAGGUUGCCAACAAAUUGUUAGGAGAUAUUGUUAAAGUUACACCAACCUCUAAAGUCGUUGGUGAUUUAGCUCAAUUCAUGGUUUCUAACAACUUGACUGCAGAAGAUGUUAAUAAAUUAGCAGGAGAAUUAGAUUUCCCACAUUCUGUCUUAGAUUUUAUGGAGGGUUUGAUGGGUAAGCCUUAUGGUGGAUUCCCUGAACCAUUGAGAACCAAUAUCUUAGGAAACAAGAGGCAGAAGUUAACGAAGAGACCAGGCUUGACCUUGGAACCAAUUGAUUUUGUAUCAGUCAAAAAGGAAUUGGUUGCUAAGUAUGGUAAUAACAUCACAGAGGAUGACAUAGCUUCCUACAUUAUGUACCCGAAAGUUUUUGAAGACUUCAAGAAAAUUAAUGAUAAAUACGGUGAUUUAUCUGUCUUACCUACGAGAUAUUUCUUAAAGCCAUGUGAAAUCAAUCAGGAAUUGACAGUAGAAAUUCAACAAGGUAAGACCUUGAUUAUCAAAUUAUUAGCCGUUGGAGAAGUUUCUCAACAGACCGGUACGAGAGAGGUAUUUUUCGAAUUGAAUGGUGAGAUGAGAUCAGCCACCAUCGAUGACAAAACUGUAUCAAUUGAAACCAAGACAAGACCUAAAGCAACUCAAUCCAAUGAUGUGGGUGCACCAAUGGCAGGAAUUGUCAUUGAAGUGAGAUCACACGAAGGUAAAGAGGUUAAGAAAGGUGAUCCCCUUGCAGUCUUGUCAGCCAUGAAAAUGGAAAUGGUGAUCAGUGCACCAUUAUCUGGUAAACUUGGCCCCGUUCUUGUUAAAGAAGGUGAUUCUGUCGAUGCUAACGACUUGAUCACCAGUAUAUUGAAGUGA